CUUUAUACAUGUACAGGUAAAUUUAAUAUCAUGGAAAUCCCAGCCAAUGGAACCUUACCACUUCCACUGCCAUAUGUGUCUUCCAUGCUCUAUGUCAGGCCAUCUGAUUGGCCGGUCAAGUAUUGCAAUCAACCAAUCCAAUGGCAGCAUGUUGGUCUGGCAGGGGAAGUCAAGGAGAGAAUAAUGAAAUGUAUCUCUUCUGAAGGGAAUGGAGUUUAUAGAUUCUGUGUGUCGGUCAAGCGGGAGAACUAAACUGAGAAGUUAAUGACAGAGGACUCGAGUUUGAUUCUACCAGGACACACUGUAUCCAUCCGUCCAGCUGUGAUCAUUCGUAACCUGCUGCCCAUAGAGCUGAGGUACUACAUCAAAGACACACAGAUCUGUGGAACAGUGAAGACAGGAGAGAAGGCCUACCUACAUGCUGCAGACCCCCAGCAGGCGAUGGAGCUGGGACUGAAUCUGGAGAACUUCCCAACCUGUAAAGAGUUGGUGGUUCCCCCCGUCACCACCGGCCCCCAGUACCACAAGGUUAAGAUUCGUCUGUACGACACCAAGAAACGACUGCUGGAGUUACUCAUCAAAAUCAUCUUCAGGAAGGGAGGAUCAGUCUCGAUCCAUGUGACGGCCCCUUACUGGUUGGUCAACAAGUCGGGGCUCCCCCUGGUGUUCAGACAGUUCAGACCGGACUUCUCCCAGGAGGUCGCCUCGGGACAGUACGAAGAACAUGAACUAGCCCGCUCUGUCACCCCGCUACUCUUCUGUAACGCCGAGAAGGACCUGCCCAACCUAUGUACAAUGAGAGUAGGAAAGUCAGUCCAGGGCCCAGACAGUGUCCCUGUGUGGUGUAAGCGGUUCUCCUUGGAGAGUGGUACUGGCAUGAGGAGACUGAAUGUGGUUCCCAAGACUGGCAACCGCCCAGACUGGGUGUACAACAUUGGUAUAGGGGUUCACCAAGGGAAGGGACUCUACGCUGACACAAACAUUGUUACCUUUGCCCCCUUGUAUGAAAUUGACAACCAAUCAAGUCACAGAUUAGCAAUCGCUCAGAGACAUCUUGUCCAAACUGAAACAAUGAAGUUAGACUCCUGUUUGAUUGCCCUUCCACAAUGUAAGCUUCCAUUUCAUUGGCCAAGACUUGACCUUGAUCAGUUGUUAUGUGUAAAUCUAUUGGAUGUUGGAUCUUCCUCCUGGUCAGGUGGAUUUAGAAUCGACAAAACAGAUUCUUUCCACAUUAAUAUAAGGGAUGAUCAGAACGUGAGUCAUCUGCUGAAGGUGGAGAUUGUGAUGGAGGGACCCACCUACUUCAUCGUGUUUGGGGACGCAGGGGAAGUCCCCCCUCCUAUCAGAAUCGACAACUGGGCUGAAAUUCCAGUGGAAUAUUUCCAAAGUGACACAACAGAACAGAAGCUGAAAGCUUUUGUUCAACCUCGUGUACAAUUACCUUAUGCCUGGGAUGAACCAAUGUUGAGUCACUCAAUAACACUGAGAGUAAAGGGAGGAACUAGUGCCACCUACAAUAUGGACAAACUGGAGGAAGGGAAGCAACUCUGUUAUCCCAACUUUAUUUACCUCAGAGCAUCAGCUACAUUUGCAAGAAGGCCAGCACAGGAUAGUCCUCACACAGAAUUGGUUUUAGAAGUUGUUCAAGAUCAGUACAUCAAAUUUUGUAAAAAGGAGAUUGGUAAUCGUAACCAGUUAUGGAGAAUGACCAGCGGGGGCAUGUUAGAACACGAGGGGUCGAUAUCUCCCCGUGACCCCCACAAUCGGUCCUCCUACCCCUCAGGGAAGAGUAUGGUACUGGACAUAGAUGACAUCGCCCCCAGACCAGGGAGGAUUGUCCCCCUCACCCUCAGAAAACGAGACGAGCGCAGGAAAGCCACACAGACCUGGAAGUUCACAGAGGAUGGUCGAUUGUGCUGUGUUGAUGGUGCGAUGUGUGUACAGACCCUGGGAGGGGGGGAGUGUCUGAGGGACUCCGCUGUAGCUGUGGUGGGGCCUGGUCCCCCCUCAGGGAGGAGUGUCCCCGCCCACAUGAAGAUUGACAGACAGAGGCUCCUCCCAGGGUCAGGCUGUCUCGCUGUCAGGACCGUCAUGGAUGGACCAAUCAGAGUGCUGCAAAUCACCGAUGUCUCUCAAGGAUCUGUUGCUGAAGUAACAAAGAACUACCAAGACUGGGUUGUUUGUGAAGAAGAUAAGGUGGCUAAGAUAGAAGAUAAAUCAGUAGAGAAGAAAUCAAGCUUAGAGAUUUGUUUGAGUCUGAAGGGUGGAUUGGGUUUAUCUCUGGUGAAUUACAGACCUGAGGAGCUGGUCUAUAUCUCACUACAGAACAUCUCUCUGGACUACAUCUCUAACCCUAAUUACAUGACCGUGGAUGUAGCUGUAGCCAAUGUGCAGGUAUGUAAAAGACAAAUUUGA